AGCUUCGUUGUCCUUCCUCCUCGUCCCUCUCUAUCUCUCCCCCCAUGGAGUCUCUGGUAGCAAACUACGCUUCUUCCGACGAAGAAGAAGAACGGAAGCCGAAAGAAGAAAGGUUCACUGGGAAAUUCCCUAAGCCUUCUGCUUCGUCAUCGUCGUCUUUCUUCUCGGCUCUCCCUCAACCGAGAAACCCUAAAACUUCUUCCGAUGGAGAUUUGGAUUCAUAUUCCGGUAAAGGAAAGUCUUCUUCCUUUUUAUCUUCUCUUCCUCCUCCGAAAUCUCUAAAGUCUCAGCAAUCCUGUUCCGCUUCGUCGAAUUCUGUUCCUGCUCCGCCCAAACGCGUUGUACAGAUCAGACUUCCGGUGAACCCUAGACUGAGCAAUCUGGAUGAUGAAGACGAGGAAGAUGAAGAUGAUAAAAAGAGGAAGAAGCGGAGGCAGAUGGAAUCUGCGGCAUCACACGAUUCUUCGGUGAAAUCGUUCUUGUCGGCCAUGCCGGCUCCGAAGAGCUCCGCAACCCUUGGUGUCCUUCCUUCAUCGGGUUCGGGUCGGAGAUCCAUAAUUGAGACAGAAGCACCUUUAAUGGCGGAAUCAGGUAGUGAUCAUAACGCAUCAAGUCAUGAGGAUCAUCAAUCUUUUAAUACCAACAGUGGCACAAACUAUGCGAAUUAUGGGUCGGGAAUGGAUCAAAGUGCUCAGAGUUAUGCAUCAGGAAUGGAUAAUUACUAUGGUGGGUAUGAUCCGAAUGUUAGCGCUAGUGGUGAUGCUUCUGGGUAUGCUGGUUAUGAUCCGAAUGCUAGUGCUAGUGGCGAUGCUUCUGGUUAUGGUGGCAUUGGUGGGUAUGAUGGUAGCUAUGGAGGUAAUGCUGGUUAUGGUGACCAGUAUGGGAAUACUUGGGCUGGUGGAAGUGGUUUUGACCCGACAACGGGAUUGCCCGAGUCUGUGGGAGCCAUUGACAGUGCAGUGAAGAGAGCUCGAAGAGGUAAGAAAGAUAUGCCGCCUCAGAUAGUCGAGGUGAAGCAAGAUGAGCUGAUGAAGAAUAGGCCAAGGGAAGACCAGGUUAAGUCAACUGGAAUCGCCUUUGGUCCUGCUUAUCAGCCGGCACCAUCAAAGGGGAAGCCAACGAAGCUUCACAAGAGGAAGCAUCAGAUUACGGCAUUAUACUUCGACAUGAAGCAGAAGGAGAUGGAGCUAGCGGAGAGACGUUCCAGGGGUUUGCUCACCAAAGCCGAGACUCAAGCCAAAUACGGUUGGUGAUAUAUCAUUGUCAUAUAUUGUCUGUCUUCGUUUUCUAAACAAGUAACCUCAUGAUAAGACAUAACUGGAUUUGUUGUCGUCUUCCAAGAUGAUCCAAAAUGGGUUGAAGGGAUUAUUUUGUAUGAAUUUUGUUUUGCUAGUAGGGCUGGCCAUCUCGGGUUUUAUGUUUUUUU